CUCAGUCAGGAAGGACCGACCGAGUGAUUUUCCUUCCGUGCCACAAUCACGCGCAGUGAUCCACUCCGGACAUUCGGCUUUACUCCGGUCCAUUCUUGCUGCAAGGAGGAGCGAUCGUCCAGCUGCAUCUAAGGAACGGGCAAACACAGCACUUUAACCGGUCUUCCGUACUUAGCGCCUGUCAACCUGCAGAAUCCCUUCGGAAACAUAAACGGUUUUUGGGGUUUUAAUGGUCAGCUGUUUCACGAGUAGGCUAGCUCUUGUCGGAAACCGUUUCAGACCUGACUGAAACAGUGAAAAGACCACCAGAUUUCUUCCUGUGUCCAGCCAGAAGACAUGCUUAACACUACAUUUCUGGUGAGCAGGUGAGCGCCGCGGAGCGGGUAAUGCUUCUCGUCCCCGGGGCCCGGAGCCGCUGACGGUCCCGACGGGAAGCCGAUGGCGCACGCCCACCAGAGGGGCCUCCAGGGCCGCGGCCUCAGCGCUGAGGAGCGCAGCGCCACGCCCUCCCACAGGAGGGCCUCCUCCUCCUCCUCCCAGCGGGACGUCCGGCCGGAGGUAGACAGCUGGGAAAUCAUCGAGGGGCUGAAAAUUGGGCAGACCAGCAUCCAGAGGCCGGACAAAAACGAGGGCUUCAUGCUGAAGAAGAGAAAAUGGCCGCUCAAAGGCUGGCACAAGCGCUUUUUCGUUCUGGAUAAUGGGAUUCUGAAGUACUCCAAGUCUCCCGUCGACAUUCAGAGGGGGAAGAUGCACGGCAGCAUCGACGUGGGCCUGUCAGUCAUGUCCAUAAAGAAGCGGACCCGUCGGAUCGACCUGGACACCGAGGAGCACAUCUAUCACCUGAAGGUGAAGUCUCAGGAGGUCUUUGACGCCUGGGUGUGCAAGCUGCGACAUCAUCGGCUUUAUCGGCAGAACGAGAUCGUUCGGUCUCCCCGGGACGCCACGCUCCGAGCGUUCCCCCCCCCGGCCAGCGCGGAGCCCCCCCAGCCACCGCCCCCCAGCACCGCCGUCACAGGGCCUCAGACUGUGCCCAGCAGCCUGCCCAGGCAGACCUUCCGGCCCGGUGCCAGUCUGCCCGCUUCCUACAGCAGCGGGCAGCGGAAGGUGGCCACCUGGCUGCUGGAGUCCCAGGAGAUGGACAGGUGUGCGGAAGAACUCACACGCUGCCAGUCCAACCUGACCGAGCUGAACCAGCUGCUGCAGAGCCUGGAGAUCAUGCAGAGGACACAGUCUGCCCCCAACUUUGCAGACAUGCAGGCUAAUUGUGUAGACAUGUCAAAGAAAGACAAGCGCAUGAGCAGAAGAUGGAGAACAAAAAGUGUCAGCAAAGACGCAAAAAUGCACCUUCAGGUGUUCUGUUCAUGCAAACACUUGAGAAGUGUUAAAGUCCCUCUGAGCGCCACCCUGUCGCCACGGAGACACUCAUCCAACCCGAAUCUGUGCGGGGACGCGGUGGACUUCCAGACCCCCGUCGCGCGUCUGGGGGACUCCCUAGAGGGCGCUACAGACUACAUGAAGCUGCAGGAAGAGUUCAGCGUCAUCGCUCACAAAGUUCACUCUCUGCUCAAGUCGGCCUUCAACACAGUCGCUAUAGAGAAGGAGAAGCUGUCGCAGCUGCUGUCCGAACAGGAGCAAGCAGGCCAGGCCUCGCACAUCCUGGCGCUAAGACGGUCUCUCUCUCAGGCUUUGACUCAGAACGCUGAGCUGAGAAGCCGGCUGAACCGGAUCCACUCCGAGUCGGGCCUGUCUGAGCAAACGAUCAGCGUCAGUGUCAUCUCCAGCGCCGACAAGGCCUGCGAUGAUGCGCAUGUAGGAAUCCCCCUGUCCCAGCAGGUCUCCAAUGAGAGCCGGCUGUCCAUGUCAGAGUCCGUGUCCGAAUUCUUCGAUGCGCAGGAAGUGCUUCUGUCAGCCAGUUCAUCAGAGAACGAGGGGUCCGAUGACGAGUCCUACGUCAGCGACGUGAGCGAUUUCUCCGAGGACAACGCCAGCGUCGCCGACAAUAUUUCCAGGCAAAUGGCCAAUGGCGAGCUGACGGGAGGGGCCUUUCGAAACGGGCGGCGCACGGGCCUGCCCGCCCCCUCCCCCGACACCGGCAGCAUCAACCUGUGGAACAUCCUGCGGAGGAACAUCGGGAAGGACCUGUCCAAAGUGGCCCUGCCUGUGGAGCUCAACGAGCCCCUGAACACCCUGCAGCGUCUGUGCGAGGAGCUGGAGUACGCCGAGCUGCUGGACAAGGCCGCCGAGACCGACGACCCCUACGAGCGCAUGGUGACUGUUGCUGCUUUUGCAGUAUCCGGAUAUUCGUCCACCUACUACAGAGCUGGAAGCAAGCCAUUCAACCCCCUGCUUGGAGAGACAUAUGAAUGUAUACGAGAAGACAAGGGACUAUGCUUUUAUUCUGAGCAGGUGAGCCACCAUCCCCCCAUCUCGGCAUGUCACUGUGAGUCCAAAAAGUUCACCUUCUGGCAAGAUAUCAGGUGGAAGAACAAAUUCUGGGGCAAAUCCAUGGAAAUCUUACCCAUUGGGACGGUCAACGUCAUGCUUCCAAAGUAUGGCGACCUCUACGAGUGGAACAAGGUCACUACCUGUGUACACAACAUUCUGAGUGGGAGACGGUGGGUGGAGCACUAUGGAGAAAUCACCAUUAGGAACAGCAGAAGCGCCACCUGUGUCUGCAAACUCACCUUUGUCAAGGGGAACUACUGGAGCUCCAAUGUGAACGAGGUCCACGGCGUGGUGCUGGACCAGGAGGGGCGGACCGUGCACCGCCUGUUUGGGAAGUGGCACGAAGGCCUGUACUGUGGUGUCCCGCCAUCCGCCCGAUGUGUCUGGAGGCCAGGCUCCAUGCCCCCCGGCUGUGAGCUGUACUACGGUUUCACCCGGUUCGCCAUCGAGCUCAAUGAGCUCUGCCCGGAAAUAAAAGACCUGCUGCCGCCCACCGACGCCCGCUUCCGACCUGACCAGAGGUAUCUGGAGGAGGGGCAGGUGGAGCUGGCAGCCUCAGAGAAGCAGCGCAUUGAGGACCUGCAGAGGACCAGGAGGAAGUGCAUGGAGGAGAACGGCGUGAAGCACCAGCCGCGCUUCUUCAGGAAAGUCAUAGACUCCAGUCAGAGAGAGAGAUGGGUCUCCAACAACACCUACUGGGAGCUACGCAAAUCCCCCGGCUUUAACAAACUGGAAAACCCUGCGCUGUGGUAGCAUUCGGAAGUCUGUGCUCCACGCAUCGUCACUUCUGACAGAGAAGCUUCUCCCCGCGCACAGCUGUUUUAAAGCUCCUGACUCUACUCAGACACGCAGAAGGGUGGGCAGGGGCUGUGGGAUUCGGAGGGAAAACACUGUUAGAGCAGGGGUUGUGGAGGAAGGAAGGGAAAUCACAGCUAGGGCAGGGGCUGUGGGAUUUGAAGGGGACUCACAGCUAGGGCAGGGGCUUUGGUAUUCAGAGGGAAAUCACAGCUAGGGUGGGGGCUGUGGGAUACUGGGGUAAAUCACUACUAAGGCAGGGGUUGUAUGAUUUGGAGGGCAAUUACCCCUAGGGCAGGGGCUGUGGGAUUCAGGGGGAAAUCACCGCUUGGACAGGGGCUGUGUAGUUUGAAGGGAAAUCACAGCUAGGCCAGGGGCUGUGGGAUUCAGGGGGAAAUCACCGCUACGGCAGGGGCUAUGGGGAUAGGAAGGGAAAUCACUGCUCGGUCAGGGGCUGUGGGAUUCAGAGGGAAAUCACCGCAAGGACAGGGGCUGUGGGAUUCAGAGGGAAAUCACUACUAGGUAAGGGGUUGUGGGAUAUGGAGGGAAAUCACCACUCGGGCCAGGGCUGUGGGAUUCAGAGAGGAAUCACCACUAGGGCCAGGGCUGUUGGAUUCAGAGAAAAAUCACUACUAGGACAGAGGCUGUGGGAUUCAGGGAGAAAUCACUAUUAGGACAGGGGCUGUGGGAUUCCGAUGGAAAUCACCGCUGGCAUCUGUGGAACACUGCAGCAGAACCUGCGCAUCUCCCAGCCCGCGGAGCUACCAGGGAUGCGGUUGUCAGGGAAACGGUGUACCCUGCGGAUCUGCGAUCAGCUGUUCCGGCUGCAGAGCAUGACUUUGCCUUAAAGUGAAACUGCUUUUUAGAACACUUACAAUAUGGCUCACACGCAGUUUAGUGAAACUCCACUCCACCUCUCCAAGCAAUAGGGCAGGGCCAUUAGGCACCAGCACAUACAGGCAUUUCAUGCAUUUUUGUAGAGUGGCUUGUUAUUGGUUAGGCUAUGCUGACUUCAAACAGUGCACAGCGGAGUAUUAUCAUAUUCAAGAAAAUAACAUUUUAGUGAAAUAUCUUAAGCCAUUAGUUUAUCAUGUUUAGGUGAUGAAGUGUUCAACAAGGCCAUGUUGGACAAAUCGGACCCAGAGACUGCACAGUACGGAAAAAGGGGCCCCUUAUAUGGUCAUAAAUCCGGGCUGGGUCCGGCUAAUCCAGAAAGAGUGUCAGAUAUGCCCCCCCCCCCCCAACCCUCGAGUGAUGAGCAGUGACUAGGCAGUGACGCCAAUUGUCCCUGAUUGGUCCACAGAAUAUUAAAAUAUUGUCCAAAUGACACAGUAACUUGGCAGAAGGGGAGACUUUAGAUGAAGAAAAAAACAUGUAUUGCAACUACAUGUUCCUGUUGGAAAAAAUGAUUGCCUCUGUAUUUUGACCACAUUGUUACCAUUGACGGCUGUAAUCUGCGUGUUAACUUUAACCCACAUGCGUCAGUGGGAAGGGGUUGAAAAAAGGAAUGUUCUGAAAAAAAAGAAUGUAAAAGGAAUGUUCUGUGAAAAAAAUAAUAGAAAUAGGAAUGUUGAGUGUUUGGCAUUUCCCUGCUUUUCUUUGUCUGUUAUAAGCCCUACUGAUGUGAGGACAACUGCACAGCAUCACAUUUAAUUUGGGGUGAAACAGGCCCCAGUCUCACCUCUGUGAGUUUAAUUUGGGGUAAAACAGGCCCCAGUCUCACCCCUUUUGAGUUUAAUUUGGAGUGAAACAGGUCUACGUUCUGCUUCUGCUUAACUUACUUUUUAUUUUCAGGUCUCUUUCGCUUCUAGAGUCUUCUAGUGCUGUUAACAUUACAUAGGAGCCACGGUGAACAUACAGAAGUGACUACUGAGUAUUACAGGCCACAAUGUGUCAAAUAACUGACGAAAUUCCUCACUGAUUUAACAUUACCUUUACUUUGUAUGCUAGUGUUUUUCUUUUUUAUAAGGUGAACCGUUGUCAGGCAGGUCUUUAAUCUCUGCAUUAUUUAAACUGGCCGUGACUUCAGACUUUCCCUGUUUCAGACAGAGCAGCACGGCCCGUGUGCUUCUGAGCUGCGUGUGCACCACAUUAGCACGUCCGCCAAGCCCUCCGAGUAUCAGGGGCCGAAGCUUAAUUCACCAACCGCAGGAAGAUCAAUAAUGUGAUUGGUCAGAUCAUGCUGCGUUUCAUUUUCACUGUUUAUCUCAGUUUUAUAAUGGAAAUUUAAUUACUGUUUUUACACUGGAGGUCCCGAUCGUGGCAGUGGCGGGGAGUUAGGGUCCCAGCAAUAGUUCACAGAAAAGGAUUGGUGUGUGCAUGAAUAGUGUGUAAUUAAUAAGAGCUUUAUCAUUGCUAUAUAUAUAUAUAUAUAUAUAUUUCUUUUUAUUCCUUUAUUGUUCAAAACUCAAAAAAGCAGUGAUUUCUGUGCCUUAAUUUCUGCUUGCACAGUAUAGACAGAUUUUAAUACGCCUUAACAGCUAAAUUCAGCAGGUUUGUACUCCAAGAUGACAGCUUUCAGAAGCUCCCAAUAGGACAGGACUGGGACAUGACUGGUCUGGCUUGCAGUUAGGUGGCUAAAACAAUUGUAACCCGAUCUGACACUGAAAAUACACAACCAUCUCCUCCCUGUUCCUGUUGUCCUGAUCGUUUUCACUGUAGUGCUGAAACAUUACAGAAUUCCAGCGCAGUGCCACGAAUCUACUGACUACGCACACCACACAAAAACAGCCUCGUUUCAACUGUCGAGUUUUGCAAAGAUCAAAGAAAAACAUUUACUUUUUAUUUUAAACAGGCCGGAGAGGUUUUUAAAUUUUCGCUACGAUGAGAUGAGACACUGUGCAGUACUGGUACAGAGCUUAAUGCUUCUCCCUUUCGCAACUGUGGCUUUCCAGCAGAAGUCCUCCCCAGGCCUCCUGUACGAUCUACAAACCAGGGCUAAGACUCUAUGACCCUGUGGUCACUGCCCCUGAAACUGUCCUCUGCUGAUGCAGAUUUACAUUUUCAGACAUGUUCCAUAAUGUCACACAAGAUCAGUUUAUGAACGUAUGAAAACGAAAUUGGAUUUAAGUGAAUACAUAUGGGCAUUUUAAAAGAUUGUAACAGGCUUUUAAUCUUGAAGACGACAUACCGUGUUCCGUGAUGGGAGAUCGCAGUGGUUUGGGUUUGCUCUCCGUGUGUGUGACUGGACUUGGUGCAGUAACGCCUAGGGAGCGUAAACUGCAUUAACCUACCUUGCGGGGACCUACAACGCCCGCAGCGUUUACACUUGUGAGCUGUAAACACGAUUCAGUUCUCAUUUCAGAGAAGCGCACGGGUUUGAAAAGUUCAAAGCUUCGGAUGUUCUGGUGUCACAUUUCAUUGUGCGUUAAAUGCAUGUGCUCAGGACACGGACUGAAUGUUAAAUGACGUACAAAGGCUUUUCUUUUUGUUAUUUUGCUUUAAUCUGACUGACUGCUGUGUUGGGCCGUCAGCUUCUCUGAAUCCAUUUUCAACCGGGUUUCUUCUGAAGUAUUAUUAUCGAAGUACAGUUACACAUUUACAUGUUUCCGUUAACACUGCACUGCUGCUGUAUACUGCUUGUUCUAAUAAAAACAAAAACAAAAUGGUCUGGUGGACUUAAUGCUUUUUCUGGAAUGAAACUAAAGUGACUAAAUAAAAACAUCUCUUUUAGACUUCAAA